AUGAGCGGCCGUCCUCCCAAGCAGUCCAUGUCCGAGCUCAAGCUCCGCCGGCUCUCAGAACACAACCAGAGGCUCCGGGAAGACCUUGCGCGGCCGCGAAUCCGGGUCAGCGAGGCUAGCAAGAGUCUGAUAAACUACUGCAAGUCCACGCCAGACCAUCUCAUUCCGUCGGUCUGGGGACCAGUCAGCAAAGCAGACGAUCCCUUCGCUAUGCCCAACCAGGGGUGCCAGUGUGUGGUCAUGUAA